UAGUCGUCAGAGCUUCACGCGCCCACCUCGCCAAAGCCACUGCAACGCAGGUGUCACCAUGAAGGCCUCAGUAGCAGCCAUCUUUGCUAUCACCAUGGUGCUGAGCGUGCAAGCGGCUGACCUGUCCUGCGGGAAGGGCGAGGUGUGUCCUGAGGGUCAUUGUUGCAUGGUCGGCGGCGCCAGUUACGCUUUGCCCAUCUGUACCCUGAAGGGUGUGAGUGGUGACUCCUGCCGGCCGAACGACCAACCACAGGACUUGUGGCUGACCGCCUAUCCGGGCGAUGAGGGUUCUCUGUACACGGGCGUCUACAGGAACGUCUGUCCCUGCCUGGACGGCCUUCAGUGCGCCGAUGGAACCUGUACCUACUAGUGGGUGUCUCAGGCGCUCACCGACUCACCGACUCACUGCGACAACUUCAUCAGCAUCAGUACGAAGACGCAAACUGGAAGAUUCGUUGUUUGGAAUAAUCGGAGGUUGCAAACCAGAGGCUACGUAAAAUACGUAACGGCAGUCACAUGGAAAAGCGCCAAUUCGACAAAGAUUUCAUCUCCAACAGACAUCACAGGUCCCUCCACCCCUCCCAUUUGUCGUCAACCAUGAAGUCAUUUUAAUCAAAUUGUAAUUGUCUGACAGUGGAUAGAUUGUUGUUGCUAAUCCAGCAUCAUCUCUCUGCGCCAUUCCUACCUUUCUCACUUCCGAGUCUGUAUCUUACCAUUUCCCAUAUCGUAUUCAGUGGCUCAGUGUUUCGUCUGCAGUUAGUACCAAUUAAACUCAGAUAUUGUGUUAGGAGCACUACUCGCUCUGAAAUUACUCAUAAAGAUACGCUUCAGCAACACUUUACAUGUUUUAAGGGCAUCUUGCAUUAUGUGAAGACCCAGAUAGUAACCGAACUACAAGAAACUACGUUUGAACAUUACUAGAAAUGAAAGGAAAAUGCAUGCAAGUGUUACUAACUUAGUCAUGCCCCCCAUUAUUUCAUUCAACAACUGAGUACUUUACUUUAACCCACUAUCUACACCACCACCAAAACGAAACACAUGAAGCACUGUAUAUGACUUUCAAAUCAACCAUUUAGUUACGAGAUCCGUCUGGCACAUACCUAGAGAUCGCUGCCUUUUUCUGGCCCACACAGCUUCCCACGUCUCAAGUGUGCUUUCAGAAGAAUCUGCCAUUUUACAUGUAACCAGUAUACAGUUGGAAUACUUUACGUAGAUUCUAUCGAAUGGGGUGACACUACAGUUGUGGGACUUGGGUUUCACAUUCUGGGAGAGACUAGUUGAAACUGAGCCUUUGUCUAUCCCAAUUUAGAUGAUCUGUGGUUUCUCUGAAUCCCCCAAGCGAAAUGCCGCAAGAGUCCUUUUCGGGAAUAAAAGAGAAAGCAUUGCCUGAUUUCCUGCCUCAUUCUUGAUCCUUGUACAGUCAGAAUUUGUAUUCCGAUACCUAGUCUGCUUUAGGUUGAAACCUAAUUUCGUCCCCUUAUGUUUUCCCAUAAACGAAUCCAGAAAUCGGAGAAGUAGGCUGGGCGCUAUUGGCAUCUUCAAAGCAGACAACAACAUUACUUGCCAUUAAAUUACAUUUUAACACGGUAAUGCAGUCUAAUGUGGAUUUGAGGUGAUAAAAUUGCAGUGUCUCUCAUGAUUUGGAGUCAAGGCCAAAACGCAAGUCUUUCUCAUUGACUUUCGCAAUGACAUCCCGAGACCGAUAAAAAUCCGUGCAGAAAAUGGCUGAAUCUUUCAAGUUACACACCUGGUUCAGUGAUGUUAAGUAUACAGAGCUACACCUCUUUCCUUACAUUCCUUGUACUUUUUCUUGCUAUUCUGUGAAAAUCGUUAAAUACAAACCCUGAUAAAUUUCAUAAAAAUUUCUUCAUGUGUUUUCAUCUCAAAUGGCUCAUGGGGCUUAACAUCUAUGGUCAUCAGUCGUUUCCAUCUCGUCAUUCAUCUUUAUUUUGUCCCCAUUCCUUGCCAGUAAAUUAUGUGGAUGGGAAAUUAAAUACAAAUAUUGUUUUUUUCUGCGAAGGGAUUAUUUGAGACUGUGUCCAUGCUACGAAAUUACUCUACUCAUGGCUUAAUUUUAUGUUACUGUACAUUAAUUUUACUAACUUGUACACUGAAGCGAAGAAACAUCUGCACUAGUACAUUUUUUUUGUUAAAGUGUUUG